UGAACAGGAGAUACUUCUGGUCACCUUUACGUCUUGACGUUCUGCUCUCACACCGAAUCUCCAGUUCGGUUCUUUCCGUAUUCAGCCGUGUUAUGAAUCCGAGCCAACUCCCAGGCCUGCCUUCUGAUUGGCUCUGGUCAUUUUUAAAGACACAACCCAAAUCAACAAUGGCAGACAAACCAGAUGUGAGUGAGAUCGCUCAGUUUGACAUGACUAAACUGAAGAAGACUGAGACUGAGGAGAAGAACACUCUACCUACCAAAGAGGAACCCAAAUCAACAAUGGCAGACAAACCAGAUGUGAGUGAGAUCGCUCAGUUUGACAUGACUAAACUGAAGAAGACUGAGACUGAGGAGAAGAACACUCUACCUACCAAAGAGGACAUUGACCAGGAGAAGCAGGUGGAAUCCUAAAAUGGCUGCUGUCAUUACUCACAAGCUACAUCCAAGAGGGACUGUUUCUCAAACCUGAACUCUCCAUUCUGGAAUGGAUCCUCAUGGCUGCCUAAGUCGCUGACUCAA